AUGCGAGCAAGAUGCCCAGCCGUCGCCCUGCGCACUUUCACAAACGCCCCGCCACUUGCUUCUGGACAUGCUCCGACCACGGCAGAUAGGCAAGAUGAACACAAUGCCAGGGAGAAGGAUAUGGAGGAAGGCGCAAUGUCUAGAAGGCUGGCAGAGAUGACCGCAGACAGUAUUGCUAGUGGAGGACCCUCAGCUGCGAAAAAUGUCGAAGCAGCCGGCUUCUCGGAGGAGUUGAAGAAACAACUCGAAUCGCGGAUCACCGACAGCGCUUUUCGCAACCAGAAUCGAAGGGCUUUUGCUGCAGCAGAGAUGCCAUCCUCAGCAGGCAAAGGUACACGAGAUCAAGCGACAGCCCAGCCAUGGACGGGCACCGAGUCACUCCACGACUCCUCUCUACGAAUGCUUGACGACAGCCACAAACGGUUGCGCGGCAUCCGCGCUCCACGUGUCCCUCAGCCAACCAAUUUACGUCCAAGACCGAAGAAAUCCACAUCGACUGGUGAACGACUUGCCAAUGCUCGAGACAGAACAUCUAUCUAUGCUGCAGCUCUUUCCAACGAGAUGAGUGAGGGGGAGCGCAAUCAAAUGCGUAAAGAGCUCCAAGAGCGCUUCUCUCCUGGUGCACGUCCCAUGCCAACUACCCUGCAAGGUUUGACCAGUCUAGCCAACGAGCGUAUUGAGGAUGCUAUUGCACGUGGCCAAUUUAAGAAUAUCCCACGAGGCAAAGGCAAGAACGUGGAAAGGGACUACAAUGCCUCUAGUCCUUUCCUCGACACGACAGAAUACUUUAUGAACAAGAUCAUCCAGAAACAGGAGAUCGUCCCACCUUGGAUCGAGAGGCAGCAAGAGCUGGUCAAGAACGUUGCGAGCUUUAGGGGUAGACUGAGGAAUGAUUGGAAGAGACAUGCGGCGAGGAUGAUUGCGAGUAAAGGUGGCACAUUGGAAUCACAGAUCAGGAGAGCUCAAGCGUAUGCUCUGGCAGAGGAGAACGCCAAUCCUCUCCAGACCAAGGUCGAGGAAUUGUGCAAGAUCGAUAGCCAAGGUAACUUAUCUACCGUUACUGUGAAGGAAACGCCGCCACCGCCAGUAGCAGAAGAAGCACAAGAAGAAGCACCACCAGCAGCGGCUCAUCACACGAUCUCCUCAACCAUAACAAUCACCGAAACGCCACCAGAAGCUGCCGCCUCCUCGCCCUCUUCAUCUCCGCCUCAGACCCCACACUCAUUCACCACCUCAUCAGAAACCCAUACCGCUCCACCUCCACAACCAACAUCAACAUCACCAUCACCCCCAAGACCAAUCCUCCCCAUGGCCACCCCCUUCCGCGACCCAACCUGGGAAUCCGCCGAACGCGCCUACCACACCCUCGCCAUCGACACCCUCAACACCCUCACCCGCUCCUACAACCUCAUGGCGCCCUCUCUCGCACAAAAACCCUACUACAGCCUCACCCGCGAACUGAACCGCUGCUACGCCGACGUCGCGCCCUUACUCGCAGACGAAAUCAGACAACGGGCUCAGGCGCCAAGGGUGAAGGUGGAGGUGAUCGGGCAUAGCGAAGGGGGGGUGUUGGAGAGGUUUGGUGCGAAAGAAGGCAGAUGGAAGGGCCAUCUGGCCGAGAGGGUUCGGGAUGAGGAUCUAGAGAGGAAGGGGUACGGGUUUCGCGAGUUUUGGAGGGAUUUGUUUGGCGGUGCAAGGAAGGAGAGGGGGACUCAGGUCGGUGAUUGA